CGAAGAAGAAGCAGAACCGGAAGAGACGUGGCACAUAAACACAGAUGAGAUGGAGCCGCCUCACGUGUGGAUCUGACCAGACACCUUAAUGACAACCACCUAAAGCCAACGGGUCUUGAUUAAUGCCUGUGUGACAGCGCAAGUGGCUAUGGGUCUCUGCAAGUGUCCUAAGAGAAAGGUGACCAAUUUAUUCUGCUUCGAACAUCGUGUGAACGUGUGCGAGCAUUGCCUCGUCUCCAACCACAACAAGUGCAUCGUGCAGUCUUAUCUGCAGUGGCUUCAGGACAGCGAUUACAAUCCAAACUGCACCCUCUGCAAUGUCCCGCUGGCGGCGCAGGACACCGUCAGACUGGUGUGCUAUGAUGUGUUUCACUGGUCAUGUCUUAAUAACUUGGCGUCGCGGCUGCCCCUCCACACGGCCCCAGCAGGGUACCAGUGCCCCACCUGUCAGGCUCCACUGUUCCCUCCUUCCAACCUGGCCAGCCCUGUUGCCGAUGUUCUGAAGGAGCAGCUCUCAUCUGUUAACUGGGCAAGAGCCGGUUUAGGGUUGCCACUAAUUGAAGAGCCCAUUGGGGUGCUGGAAGAAACGACGGCGAGUGAUGUCACUGAUUACACAGACUGGUCAACAUUUGAUGCCCAGGACCAAAGUAACAUAUACCCCAGUCAUUCUUACACCGCCAGCCUCAGCCCACCCCCUGUCCCACCUCCAGCACAGGAAGAUCUGGGUGGGCUUCAUAAAAAUGGGGAUCCAAAUACGCAGGAGCACUCUGUGAUCAACUUUUCUGCUGCCAACAGCUGUGACACUAUUACAAUACAUGCAGCAUCACCAAGAAAGAUCUACGACACCCGGGACGUUGCUCACAGCUCUGUCACACAGAUCGACUUCGAUGACGACAAGUACCGGCGGCGACCAACGCUGAGCUGGUUUGCACAAAUUCUGAAAAACCGCACAGGUGGAAAGCGGACGUCUCUGACCUGGAAACAGCGAGUCUUCAUGCUGCUUUUGGUGGGAGUUCUGGCAUUCUUUACGCUGAUAAUCAUCAUGGCUAAACUUGGACGUGCCUCGGCCAGCUCAGACCCAAAUUUGGAUCCCCUUCUCAACCCCAACAUCCGCGUGGGGAAGAACUGAUAACAAGCAAUGUUUUGUUUUUAUUUGUGUGUUAAACUACUUAAGCCUGUGUGGAGUGGGUUGAAAUGGAACUCUCCGGUACGUCAUCACCCCAGCAGAGGGAGCUGUUUACCCAGCUUUCAGAGGGCGGUUGCCUCCAUUUACGCCAGGCUGUUGGAGCCUAUCAGGCCUUUUAUGGACCAGAAAAACAAACAAACAAAAAAUACUUUUUAGCAGCAUUCAGGAGAUUUCUGUGAUCCAAGCAAACCCCAACGGUGACCACGGCCCAGUCCAUAAAGAUGACUUUUCCUGCUAUUGUUGCUUCGGUGAAGAGGGGCUUUACUUAUUCCUAACGUUUGUCCGUGAUCUUUGUAAGUUAAUAGAUUUUUCUCCAGAGGUUGUUUUUAGAAACACUGUAGAUGUUGUGAGAACAUCUCAUGUCUGCAAAUGUGUCAUAACAAUUCUCAGCGUAUCAUUUACACAGUGACCAACUCGAUUAAUUCUGGUGUCAGAGAUACCCCACAGACAGCAUUACUUCUACAAACUGAGUGCUUUACUUUUAGAUUUACUAUAUAUACUGUAUGUUUUUGUCUCUCCAUUAAAUGGGAAUACUGCAGAAAUGAA